AUGGUGUUCACUGUAUAUUUAACUCUGGUGGAGUUCGAGAUAAAUAUGUUAUACGUGAAUUGUGUAUGUGUAUUAAAAUCAUGUUUCAAGAGACUCAACGAAAAUAUGACACAUUUGCAAAAACUCAUAGUAAAACCGUGUGUAUCCAGACUGACAUGUUAUAUACAGAGAAAUCAAUUUUUGUUAAUACAACUAAAAAUUCUGCAAAAGCAGCAUCUAAUGAUUAGCGAUACAGUACAAAUGUUGAAUCUAAUCUUUAGUCUGCAACUUCAUGCUACUGUAGUCAUGACAUUUUCUGAUAUCAUUUUUGAAGUUUAUAAAUACGUAGUACAUUGGCAAGAUGGGUUACACAUCACUUUUAAUAUAUAUUAUCUUGAUGUGUUUUCAAUAUCGGUAAUGUUUUAUAUUCUAAAAAUAAUGCUAAUUAUAUGGGCCUGUGAGACUGGUAAGAAUCAGGCUCAAGAGAUCAGCACUAUCAUUCAUGAUGUACUGAAUAGCACUAGCAACGAGCAAAUUAAGAACGAGUUGCGGCUGUUUUCUUUACAAGUAUUACAUUGUAAAAAUACCUUUUCGAUAAAAGGUCUCACUAUAGAUGCGACGCUUCUCGUAACAUUUGUGAAUAACAUCAUGACGUACCUGUUAAUUAUAAUACAAUUUUUGAUCAUAUCACAUUCUUGCGAUCGAAACAAUACUACAAAUAAUUAUAUAAAAUAA